AUGCUAUUUGCGGCCCUAAAAACAACACUCGAUUUCAUAGCAAUCAUACUGUUGAGAAGCAAAACGAGAAAAUUAGUUUCCAAGCGGUGUUCGGACAGCACUCUGGCGAAGCAAAACAAGCGUAAGGCGCCCACAGCCGGGCAGCCAAACAAUACCAUCGUUUUUGAUAUACCGGAGCAAAGAAGUUGUCGUAAAAGCAGUUGUGAUAUGGACUCAAUGGAUGAGGAGAUGUGCGAUCAAACAAUCGUUGCAAACAAUAUAAAUCACUGCCACAGCACUGAUAACAAUAGCUUCUGGUGCGACACUCGAGUGCCUCAACACACUGUAUGUGUGCCCAUAGAGAGCGAGUGUCCACUUAAACACUUCACACCUUUUAAACAGGCAAUAGUGUUGUGGCCAACACUCCACAGCCCUCUUAUCGUAGUUAUGAUCUAA